AUGGAUAAAGAAGCCAAGAGACUCAUUGCAGUGAGUAGCCAGGACCUGGUCAUGAAAGACAUCCGCUCCAUCGUCAACGCUUUCCAGGAAGCCAGCAGCCUUCUGGGGAAGAAAUACGGGGAGACGGAUGACCAGUAUGCAGAUUAUGUCUACUACUAUGGGAUGGCUCUCCUGGAGCUUGCACGAAUGGAGAACAAUGUCCUGGGCAAUGCACGUGACGGAAUGCCAGAAGAGGAAGCUGAAGAGUCUGAUAAGGACCCAAAUAUCCCCAGUGCCUCCAACCUCGAUGAGAAAGAAAGGGAGGAGUUAAAAGUGCAGGUAUAUGAUGCCAUGUCCGAGAAGGAUGAGAAGGCUUACAAAGUGAAUGGAGACUCCAAAGAGACAAAGGAUGAAGAAGCUAAGGCCGAUGAGUUGGAGUGGGAGAAAUCCUCAGACGCUGCAGAGAUCAAAGAACGGGCUGAAGGAGAGUGUCACAGUCGUUACCUUUGA